CGCCUAUUUUUCGUCAUGGAAUAUGUCAAUGGAGGAGACCUAAUGUUUCAGAUACAACGUUCACGCAAAUUUGACGAGCCUCGCUCCCGCUUCUAUGCAGCAGAAGUCACGUCAGCACUCAUGUUUCUACAUCAACAUGGUGUCAUCUACAGGGACCUGAAACUGGACAAUAUUCUUUUGGAUGCAGAAGGUCAUUGCAAACUGGCUGACUUUGGAAUGUGUAAGGAAGGAAUCUUGAAUGGAGUAACGACUACUACCUUUUGUGGAACACCAGACUACAUAGCUCCAGAGAUCCUCCAGGAAUUAGAAUAUGGUCCUUCUGUAGACUGGUGGGCACUAGGGGUUCUCAUGUAUGAAAUGAUGGCUGGACAGCCUCCCUUUGAAGCUGAUAAUGAAGAUGACCUCUUUGAGUCUAUCCUACAUGACGAUGUCCUCUAUCCAGUUUGGCUUAGCAAAGAAGCUGUCAGCAUUUUGAAAGCUUUCAUGACAAAAAACCCAAAUAAGCGUCUGGGCUGUGUGGCAUCUCAGAAUGGUGAAGAUGCCAUUAAACAGCAUCCAUUUUUCAAAGAAAUUGACUGGGUUCUUCUAGAACAAAGGAAAAUCAAGCCACCCUUCAAACCUCGGAUUAAAACCAAAAGGGAUGUAAAUAAUUUUGAUCAAGACUUUACACGAGAAGACCCAAUAUUAACACCAGUGGAUGAGACAAUUAUAAAGCAAAUCAACCAAGAAGAAUUUAAAGGCUUCUCAUAUUUUGGAGAAGAGCUGCUGCCAUAAGAAAUUCCCCCACCCCUAAAUUGGAACCACCAGAUCCCAGAUGCUGCAAGUUGUGGUUCUGAAAAAUCCUCCAGCUACACCAUCGAGAACUGCUUCUCUGACCAUGAGCCUAAACCCAUUACUUUCUACUGUCUAUUUAUUGUUAUAUUUCUUUGAUCUGGAGGCACUCAUAAUAGCUGUUUUACAAAGCAAUGCAAAAUAUUUUGUAUUAGAAAUUGUAAAGGUAACACAUUGCUGUUGUUUCUUGCUGCUGUUUCUCUCAUUCUCUCUUUUUUUCCCUUUCUCUUGAGACUUUCUUUUAUUUCCAGGAAGGCUUUGCCUUUAUUUUUUUUUAUCAUCUAACAUUGUCAAAAGCAAUUUGUUCAACCAUUUUUAACAUUUAAAAAUCACUAGGAAUUUUAACUUCAUCUUUUAAUGCUUAAAAUUGUGGUCUAGAGUACGUACUGAGGGUUAGAUAAUUUUUUUUCCAAGGUGCCGUAAAUACUUAUCCCAUCACAUUGUGCUGCACGGAUAAGUAUAUGUGUUAUAUGAAUAUAGAGAGGGAGGAAAUAAUUCAUUAUGACUUAUUUUCAUCUCAGAUAUGAACCUAUAAAUCAGCCAUAAUAUUUACUGGGUCUGGAAUCAAUUCAUUGCAUUCUGUGAUGAUUGCCAGAAGGGCCUUAUGAAGCAUGAGAGGUAAACCUAAAACCCAUUUACCAUUAGUUUCUAUAGAAUGUGAACUGGAAUGGUUGAGAUCAUAUCCUUAAGAUGCAAAUAGAUAGGAUUGGGAUCCUAGUGAACCCCAAUUCCUCAACUGGCAUCUCUUUCCAAGUUAUGUUGCAUAUAAUGCAAUCUUAGGAAAGUGAAGUUUUGCAUUUAGGGACAGGCAAGAGAAAUGUGCCCUUAAUCUGUCAAAUGUGAUUCCCUCUUCCUCAGUGCUGGCUGAGGAAUUCUGGGAGUUGAAGUCCACACAUCUUAAAGUUGCUGAGGUUGAAAAACUCUGUCUUAGAAGGUAAACAUUUUAAAUCUUACCUGGGGAGGCUAAACCUUUGGGAACUAUUUGGAGAGGAAAAAGUAGCUGCUGUGAGGAAGUGUUAGGCACCUCUCCACUCUUAGGACUACGCAUCUUAAAAUUGCAGGCUCAAGCUUGCUUUAAAAAGAUUGGGGGUGAGGGGACUUUAAUUUUUUGUCUCCUGCUGCCAUUGUAAUCUGGACUGUAGUUCCUAUUGUAGAUGCAAGCAACUCUGUUCAGUCUGAUUCUAUCAGAGAACAAAGCCCCCUAUUCUUCCCCUUAGAUUCAUUGAAAUAAUUUGGAUUUCAUUUUGCUUCAACUAACUUAAAUUCAGUUCCUUUCUUAGGUUUUAAGUAUGACUGGCUGGGUUAAAAAUUCUACACAUUAGGGCUAAUCAUGCAAGUUAUUUGUAGAACCCAAUUUAAUACAUUUCCUUCCAAUUCAUGUGCUUAGAAUGGAGAUGCCAGGUUUCCAGUAUUAAAAAUAAAUGGAAUGAAACAUUCACCCUUGAAAGGCAAACCUGUUAUGUAUCAGUGUGAGAUGUACUGAGAUCUGUCUAGGCCAAGAUGGCUAAUAAUUGAUGCUCCCAAUAUAAUAUCAUAUAUGGAUGCAUUAUCUGCUGUCACAACACUUGUUCCCACACUGUUUGCUCUUUAUAGGGUGGGGAGAGAACAUGCUAGAAACUCACUCAGUUCUAGUGCACAUAAAUAGUUUACUGCCCAGAGGCUGAAAUCCACAAAAGCAACUGAAAACAGCUUCCAUUUGAAUUCAGAUUAGUUUUCAUCCAUCUUUGCUUGGAGGGUUAAAUGGAAAGAUAACUGAAAUUUGUUGAUACAUUGCAUUUUUAUCAGAAGUAAGAUUUUUAAAAUUACACUGCCUUAGUUGAUUUUUUAAAAAAAAGCCUUCCCUCUUUGUGAUUGGAAGUGACAGAGAGCAGCAUAUCAACAAUUCUCAGAAUAAAAAGAUGUGAAGAACCCUACAUAAUCUGCCCUCAUUUGUUUCCCAAUGAGUUCAAAGGAAAAGGCAGCUUUGCACAUGGAAUCAGAAGUUGCCAUGAUGUCCAGACUUCGUUCAGGGUAAACAUGCACCAGGCUGGCCAGUUGCAGAGAAAAUGGGAAAUAGUUCUUGCUAGCCAUAGACACACAGGUGCAAAGUCUUUCUUUAACUGCUUUUUGGUGUUGCACUGUCUCCCUAGUCAGAACCAGGGCUUCGGGUGCCAAGAGCCACUCUAGGCUUGUGGGUUGAUGGCUGCCCAAGAUUAAUACACAGUCAAUUGCAGAAAACAAUUUCCUCUGUUAAUUCCGAUGGGAGCGUAGGCUGAGAAUGCCAUCAGGAUGAAAAAGCCAUCAUGCGCUAUGCAGGACUUCCAUAAGUACAUUGGGAUUCUGAGGCUGAACUGUGCCACUUUUAUCCAUGAGUAAACCUCAAACAUGGUGGAACUUAUUUCUAAGCACUCAUUGAAAACAUAGUUAGAAACUCCAUGAAGUUCUUCCUGAAAUCUGUUUCUUGCAACUUUUUUCCUAGAAAUGUAAGUAAUUGACAGGGAGAAAUCCUGCUCAUCUCCUCUUUUCUGUGGGUUUCACCCAUACUUAUAGUAGAGCAGCUUGUCAAUAUGUUAACAAGCCAAGCUGUGAUAUAUCAGUGAAUGGGGCAAAAUGAUUUACCCCCCAAAAAAAAAGAUGAAAAUACAUAUAUAUUUAAAGAGCACUUCUUUGCAAGGCUGGGUCUUCAAAAAGCAAAUAGUCUGACUGAAAGGUUUAUGAUUAAAACAAAAAACACUAUGGAAAACAUUUCAGGAAAAAAGUAUUUUUUUAAAGAAUACAUGAUUUUUAAAAAAUCGCAAACACAAAUGCUACAAAGACAGGUGUUUAAAGGGCUAAGAAUGGACAAAUUCUCCAAAAGCCUAUACUAGCUUUAAUAAAGCAACAUAGGUUUUCUACAGUUCUUACAGCUGCUUUGCCAUACUCAUGAUAAUCCUUCCAUAGUAAAACUGUUCAAAAGCUUGUGCCUAAAUCAUUUAUGUCAUUGGUGCAGUGACAGGUUUGAAAGGGACUUAAGGGGGAGGGGAGUCUUCUUUUUUUCUUUUUUAUGUAUUGAACCUGAAUGAUGACCUGCUUUGCUUAUUUAAUUUUAAUUUCAAUAGCAGUGUGUUACUUUUGCAGGCUUUCACACACAAAAUAAAAAUGGGAGUAACCCAUCUUUCUUUGUACAUAGCCUUUGUCCUCCCUUUCUCUUUGCUGAAUGGUCACCUCCAGUUACCUCUGUCCUCUUCUGGGCCCUGCAUAGUGGCCCUGGCCAUGAGGGAGGGCGGAGGGGCUGGGGACAGAGAUCCUGGGAUACUGUACUACUGUACUGUGGGUCAGCCCAGUAGUACCGCUGUUUGGUUGUUGAAAAAUGGUUUGAAAGAUCUGGUGUGAUAACUGUGGUCGAUGGGAAAAACGCCAAGCCAAGCCAAGCCUAGCCAUUCAUGAUGUGAAAAAGGAGGGAGAGACUAAGAUCAAGAUUCAAAAACUGACAUUGUUGAAGGUUGUAAAUGGAUUUUCUUAUGUAAUCAUUACAAAUUGGUAACUCAUGUGGAAAAUACAUUAAGAAAGAAAUGUGAAGUUACCGCUUGUAGAUAUGCUGACAGUGUUAUUUACUCAUAUUUCUGGGAAUACUGCAUUUCUGUAUAUGUGUGUGUGGACAUGCGUGCUUGUAUAUGUAUCAUUCACAUCUAUAUAUAUAUGUAUAUGUAUAUAUACGUAUAUAUACGUGUGUGUGUGUGUGUGUGUGCGUGUGUGUGUGUA